AUGGCUUCUAAAGCAGUAGUCUUUCUUGGCCUUGUUUUGGCUAUGGUCCUUCUGAUUUCCUCACACGUGGCGGCUCGAGAUCUUGCAGAAUCUUCCGAUACCAUCGAUACAUCUGAGAAAACAGAGAGCACGAAGGAGGCUGACCAGUACUAUGGCGGCGGGGGGUAUCCUGGCCGUGGAGGCUACGGCGGCGGAUAUCGAGGACGUGGUGGCUAUGGAGGCGGCGGCCGUGGUGGUCGUGGCGGCUAUGGUGGCGGCCGUGGUGGCUACUGCCGCUACGGAUGCUGUGGCCGGAGAUACUAUGGUGGCGGUUGCAGGUACUGCUGCGAGUAUGCCGGUCAGAAGGCGGAUGCCGAGCCUUGA